AUGGGAACUCUGACGAGCUGUAGUUUUAGCACAGUGAAUUUCAAGCUUCGUUCUACUCUUAUUGGAAAAGAUUUCAGGGACAGAAUUGAGCUCAAGAAAUUGAAGAACAAGAGCUCUUUGUGUUUUUUGUAUAGAGGAAUUUCAAAGAGAGAGGUUUCAUUUAGUAGUAGUUUUAGUAAAAAUAGGUGUUUUAGUGUUAAUAAUAACAAUAAUAAUCAUGAUAGUGAAAACGAUGUAGUAGAGAACGGUAGUGUUAGUGAGAAUGGCGUUAAGGAUUCAAUUCUGAAAACGGCGUCGCCUGAAGAGAAAGAAGAGAGCAGCAGCAAUGAGUUUGGUUCGGAUAAGGCAAAAGCUUCUGUUUCUUCACGGCCACCAACCAUAUCUCCAGUUGGACCAGCUUACAAUAAUUUCCAAGUAGACUCUUUUAAACUGAUGGAGCUUCUUGGACCUGAAAAGGUUGAUCCAGCAGAUGUAAAGCUAAUUAAGGACAAGCUUUUUGGUUAUUCAACCUUCUGGGUAACAAAGGAAGAGCCAUUUGGAGACCUUGGUGAGGGCGUUCUUUUCCUUGGAAAUUUGAGGGGAAACAGAGAAGAUGUUUUUGCCAAACUGCAGAAUCGGCUGGCUGAGGCCACUGGUGAUAAAUACAAUCUAUUUAUGGUGGAAGAACCCAAUUCAGAAGCAUCAGACCCUCGUGGUGGGCCUCGUGUUAGUUUUGGAUUACUAUGGAAAGAGGCAUCAGAGCCAGGGCCAACAACACUUUGGCAAUAUGUGAUUGCCCUCUUGUUGUUCCUUUUAACCAUUGGCUCCUCCGUGGAGUUAGGGAUUGCAUCUCAGAUCAAUCAUCUUCCUCCAGAGGUAGUAAAGUACUUCACAGAUCCAAAUGCUGUUGAACCACCAGAUAUGGAGCUGUUAUUCCCAUUUGUGGAUUCUGCUUUGCCUUUAGCUUAUGGUGUUUUGGGAAUUCUUUUAUUUCAUGAAGUGGGGCACUUUCUUGCUGCUUUCCCGAAGAAAGUGAAACUAAGCAUUCCAUUCUUCAUACCUAACAUUACUCUUGGAAGCUUUGGUGCAAUCACUCAGUUCAAAUCUAUCAUUCCUGAUCGGAGUACAAAAGUUGACAUUUCACUUGCUGGACCAUUUGCUGGUGCUGCACUCUCUUUCUCAAUGUUUACUGUUGGUCUGCUGCUUUCAUCAAAUCCAGCUGCUGCUGGAGAUUUGGUACAAGUUCCGAGCAUGCUGUUUCAAGGCUCUUUGCUUCUUGGACUAAUUAGUAGAGCCAUUCUUGGUUAUGCAGCACUGCAUGCUUCAACAGUUUCCAUUCAUCCGCUAGUGAUUGCUGGCUGGUGUGGAUUAACCACAACAGCUUUUAAUAUGCUUCCAGUAGGAUGCCUUGAUGGUGGAAGAGCAGUUCAGGGUGCUUUUGGGAAAGGUGCACUGAUUGGCUUUGGCUUGACAACAUACACAUUGCUUGGUUUAGGAGUGCUUGGUGGACCGUUGUCGCUUCCUUGGGGAAUAUACAUCUUGAUAUGCCAGAGGGCACCAGAAAAACCAUGUUUAAAUGAUGUGUCGGAAGUUGGAACAUGGAGGAAAGCAGCUGUUGUAACAGCCAUUUUCCUAGUUGCCUUAACACUCCUUCCAGUAUGGGAUGAGCUUGCAGAAGAGUUAGGCAUAGGUCUUGUUACCACAUUUUGA